AUGAAGCUAGUCAAGUACCAAGAACUGUUGCACUUUCCAAAUUUUCAAUAUCAUGCACUCUUUACUUCGUGGUAUGUUCACAAAAGACAGGACAUAAUGGCAGUCUCAGCUCCGAUCAUCGAAGUCCCUCAAAAUGAAACACUCACGAGUCUAAUGACGACAUUCUGCUCUGCAUCUUCCUCUCCAAAGCUGAUGCAAGACACAAUUCAUGGCUUGACGGAGGAGAUUAUGAGUGUGGCAAAGUCCCACGACGGAAGCCUUACCCAAUCUGCGACCACGAUGAUCCCAAUUCUACGCGGAGCUUUGCCAAUGUUCGUGGCCGCGCAACGAUGUCUCCCUGCUACCUCAUGCAUCUUGUCGCGCUGCAGCAAGGCAAAAGGCACCCAGAAUGUGGUGGUUGAAUGGCUAGGCCGGCGGCCGUUUCCAACGGACCCCGAUGAUGGGAAGAUUUUGAUACUCGACACGAUCAUUGCUACCGGCGAUACAGUUGUCAAGCUCUGUGAGGAGCUUUGGGAAAUGGGUGGACAGCAGUCCAUAUCAGUGGUGGUAUUAUGCUGCUAUGCAGCCCCUGAGGCAUUAAAGAGGGUAGCAGAGUGCCCGGUGGUUGAGUAUGUGGUUGUUGGAAAGAAAGCUGAGAAAUGUGACGAAAAAGGGUACUUGGUUCCUUAUACGAAUGGAGACAUAGGCGAUAAGAUUUAUGGAAUCCGGGAUACGGAGACGAAGACAAGGAAACCGAUGAUUGCGGAAGGAGAGGAUGUGCAGAGUGUUUUGUCGGGGGUUGAGACUUUGCUCGUUGAGAAUGGUGGAUUUUGGGAAUUGAGCGAGGACGGUAUGGGAAUUCAACGGGAGAUGCAGUUCCCUGGGUUCAAGCAGGCAUGGGUAAGUUAUGCUUCUCAAUCACAUUCUGGGUCGCAGAUUGUGCGGCUAAGCACCGCCAUCAUCCUGAAUGGACGAAUGUGUGUCGAUUUGAAUAUCUUUCCUGUCAAAUUGCCGUUUGAAAUGCUGACCAAUGAAUGUUUUCAGGUUUACAACAAUGUCUCUAUCCGCUGGACUACUCACCACCCGAAAGGGCUGACGAACUUGGAUGUUACUAUGGCUCGGCUUUGUGAUAGUUUUGUGUAA